AUGGAGUCCGGGCAGGCUGGGCGCAACAUCUCCAUGAUGCCCCCGAACAUCCAGCCCUACCAGGCGAGCAAUCGGGGAGCUGCCACGAGUACGACCUCGAAGGCAGCACGUGAUGCCUGGCAGAAGAAUGCCGCCAUCGCGGCCGGGAGACUCGGGAUUCUCGGUGUUGCAGGGGUGGAUCGGUAG